CUCUCUCUCCCCCUUUCUUUCGUUCCUUCUUUUUUCCCCUUUCCCUGGACGAGACAUAUGGAAUCAAUUUUGAAUCCUGACAUUGAAGGCUGGCCAAUUCCUACUGGCUCUAAAAACCAGAAUCCAUUUGGUUCCUUUCUCUCCAGCACCCCUUGUCACUCAGUAUUAUAACCGUCUUGCAACAUUUUAAGUCUUUAUAAAGAGAAACAGCUUUCCAGAUAGAUACCAAGGAAUCGGGUGUGGGGAAGUUUGUUUUUUUUUUUAAAGGGGAACGUGCAUGCAACCUCCUCCUCCCGGCACCCCCAUCUCAUCCCCCGCCACUCGGUAUCUUCUGCAAAGCGGGCCGCAUCCUUGCAAUAUUUUAAGCUGUUUUGGAAGAGUUUCUAUUUUUCUCCACGUCAAGGCAUUUCCAUUCGAAUCGAGUGAGUCCAAAAAAUCAAAGCAUCUUUGGGGGGAAAAAAAUCCGUCCGAACAAGCUGUCAGCAAGAUCCGCCGGCGUGCAAUAAAGUAGUUUCUUUUAUUCUCCUUAAUUUGCCUGCUCCAGUUGCAAACUCGCACCACCCUGAUCCGACUUCGCUCCUUCUUCUUGAAGUCCUGGGUUGAACGGUAGCGCAGUUCUUUUCCUUUCUCAAACUCCCCCGCUGCCUCCUAUUUACUGGACCAGACAUCAGAGAAUUGGUCAACUUCCAAUAGACAGCUGGAAACGGCCUGUCACGUGGCCUUGGGGUGCCAAUGUUCUGCCAUAGGGGUGUCAAGACCCUGGUAGCCGGAAAAAACAUUUUGGGGAGUCCCAGAGAUGCAGAAGACAACAUACUACGACAGCUCCACACUCUUUGGUGGCUACUCCUACGGGAGUGCCAAUGGGUUCGGCUACGACGGCCCGCAGCAGCCCUUCCAGCCUACCUCUCAUGUGGAGAGCGACUACCAGAGGUCUGCCUGCUCCCUCCAGUCUCUUGGCAACACAACCCCUCACGCAAAAAGUAAAGACCUGAAUGGGAGCUGCAUGCGUCCGAGUUUGCCCCAAGAGCACCAUCCGCCUCCACCUGUCUCACCACCCCCAAACCCUGCCACCAACAGCACCAGUAGCAACAGCAAUAACCAGUCAGGGAGCAGUAAAACUGCCCCCAGCAAAGCCAACCUCAGUGCAAAUGCCAGUCUCACCAAGCAGAUUUUCCCCUGGAUGAAAGAAUCGAGGCAAAACUCCAAACAGAAAAACAGCUCCCCUAGCACAGCAGAAACCUGCAGUGGCGAGAAAAGCCCUCCAGGCUCCUCAGCCUCCAAGAGAGCCCGCACGGCCUACACCAGUGCUCAGCUGGUGGAGCUGGAGAAGGAAUUCCACUUCAACCGCUACCUGUGCAGGCCCCGCCGCGUGGCGAUGGCCAACCUGCACAAGAUCAAGAUCUGGUUCCAGAACAGAAGGAUGAAGUAUAAGAAAGAUCAGAAGUCGAAAGGCAUGGGGUCUUCCUCUGGGGGGCCUUCCCCUACCGGCAGCCCUCCCCAGCCCAUGCAGUCCUCAGCCGGAUUUAUGAAUGCCUUGCACACCAUGAGUAGUAACUAUGAUGCCCCCUCUCCACCUUCUUUCAAUAAGCCCCACCAAAAUGCCUAUGCCAUGUCAACUAACUACCAAAACCCCAUCAAAGGCUGCCCCUCCCAACAGAAGUACACCAACACGGCCCCUGAGUACGACCCCCAUGUGUUACAAGGGAACGGGGUGGCCUAUGGGACUCCCAGCAUGCAGGGAAGCCCCGUCUAUGUUGGAGGUAACUAUGUGGAUUCUAUGCCCGCCUCUGGCCCGUCCCUUUAUGGCCUCAAUCACCUGCCACAUCACCAGGCUGCCAACAUGGACUACAACGGGCCUCCGCAGAUGCCCCCGAGCCAGCACCAUGGACCAUGUGAGACCCACCCUACCUACACAGACCUUUCCACGCACCACGCUUCUUCUCAGGGCAGAAUCCAAGAGGCGCCCAAGCUGACCCACCUGUGAGAGAGCACAGGGAUAGCCUCAAGCAAACUGGAUGGGAGCCCGCCACAGGGCAUGGGAGAGGGGAAGAGGGCAGGACUGGCUUCAGAAACAUUUGUGUUGAUAUCUCUUCUUUCUUUUUUUGAUGGGGUGAUUUCUUCCAUGAUAUUGUUAUCACUGAUAUUGUUUCUUGUUUUUAUUAGGCACAAUUUCCAAGGAUUUCAGUAUUUGCUUCCAAAAGCAGCUCUCUCUGAAGAGAUGUACCUUCUGUGUUUCAACACAAAUGCUUCUGAAGUAGGUUUGAGGUAGUUUUAUGGGAAUCUAUCAGGUUUUAGCAUCAGCAUCCUGCAUUUCCAAACCAAGUACAGAUCAUUCCUAAUAAUUCUCGGACACUGAGGAGGAGAAUAGUCAGCCAAUCAAGUCUUCACAGUUGGUGUCUCUGCAUCUACAUAAACAUACAUAUGUAUACACAUGCAAUCAAAAGAGAUUCACAAGACAACUACCUUCCUCUCUAAUUCCUUCUCAAGAAGAACCUUGCGCUUUCCCUUCCAGCCUUCAGAUGAAAGGCAUCCUUUUUUGCUAAGUAACUUCCCACCACUCCCCACCAUAAACUGGAAAUAUACACACCUGCCAAUGUGUGGGAAUCAUGCUCUUCCUCUCCAGCCCCUUCCUCCCUUCUCAAAAGCAAAAAAAUAAAAAAUAAAAGGGACUUAAGAAUUGCAAAAAGUUUGGGAAACAAGCUUCUGAAACACCUAUAAAGCCCCCAAACAAAAUAACAACAGUCCAAAGAGAGGAAGAAAGAGUUAACAGGUCUAGAAUAUUUUUCCACCUUUGCCUCUGAUGACAUGAAGUCUUCAUUUGAUGAUGCCAUUUUUUUUGUUUGUUUUGGGGGUAUGUUUCUUAGGCUUCAUUAACAGAAAAGCAAUCUUAAGACUUAGAAGUCCUACACUUCUUUCCUCCUCUUCUCUUGACCUUACGUGAAAACAGGGUAUAUUUGAACAAAUGGAAUGUCCUCCAAUCGAAGCAGAAGUGAAUGGAUCCUUAGUAUUUGCUAAUGCUUUCUUGUCUGGACAUCUUUGUUGCACUUAGAGUUUACAUAUAAUGGGUAUAAAAACAACUUUGAAGGGCGUUUGUUCAACUCAGUCAAGACGUUCUUCAAUAGGUGUGUGUUCUGGUGAACAUUCAUAUAUAUUUAUUGGUUAUAGCCAGUUUAAAAUAUUUUCCUUUUUUUGUAUUAUUUAUCCCCAAUAUUAUGUAUUUAUAUGAGGAAAAAAGAUACAAAUUGUACUUUUUUAGUAUUUACUUGUUACAAAGGACAUUGUGUUUCCUUGUUAUUGUACAACAAGCUUAUUUUAGUUAUUGUAAUUUAGAAAGACCAGUAGUUUUAUGUUACCUUUGUACUUAUGAAUAAUGUAAUUAGUUCUACUGGAGGCAUGAGAGCAGAACCAGACUGUAAUUGUAUAGUCCUGAAUUAG